CAGAGGUCUACAGGAUGCAGAGGCUGAUUUUCCUCCUGAUAUUGACGCAGUCAUGUGCGCAUAAUCCAGCAUUCAAAGCUCUUCUGUCAGAGAAGGCUCUCGCAGACUUGUCUCAGAUGAUGCCUGUCUGGAUACAAAGCAAAAUGAAGAGCACCGCAAUCCCGGACAUCCAUGGUCAAGUGGACAUUGGGAUCGGCUCGGUGCACUUCGUCCUCUCCCAAAUGCGUGUCGUGCAGUGCAAAAUGGCUGAGCCGUCACUGGUGUUUGUGAAGGGAACAGGAGUGUAUCUGGAGGUCCGUGAGCUCUCAUUGGCUGUUUCUGGCAGAUGGGGAACAAAGUUCGGUAUCAUCACAGACAGCGGCUCAUUUGAUGUGGAGGUCUACAAUAUAUACAUCCGUGUGGUCCUGCGGGUCGGGGAUAAAGACGGUCACCUCUCCGUCAGCACCGACUCCUGCAGUAAUGAUGUAGGAAAUGUCUACAUUCAGUUUCACGGAGGAGCAAGCUACAUCUUCCAGCUAUUUGAAGAUUAUUUCAGUAGAAAGACCUCAGACAUGAUACGUCAGAAGAUUUGUCCAGCAAUCCAACAAGCAGUCAAUAAAAUGGAGACAAUUCUGCAGGAAAGAACUGUGAACAUACUUGUGGAUAAGUAUGUUUAUCUGAGCGUUCCUCUCACCUCCGCCCCGGCUGUGACCAAUCAGAGCUGCAGAUUAGAGGUUAAGGCUGAGUUUUACAGCAGGUGUUCUCCAUCUGAACCUCCAUUCUCCGCCGGUGCGUUUGACCUUCAGUACUCAGACAAACACAUGCUUUCACUGGCUGCAUCUCAGUUUACGGUCAACUCUGCAGCGUUUGCGUAUCUUAGAUCUGGGGCUCUCCAGACCAACAUCACAGAUGACAUGAUACCGAAGCGUUCCCCGCUCCAUCUGAACACCAGCCAGUUUGGGGUCUUCAUCCCACAGCUGCGCACAUUAUACCCCGACAUGAAGAUGCAGGUGUUGUUAUACGCCAGCGACAUGCCGCUGUUCUCCUUCGCUUCAGGCAUCAUAAACAUUCAUGUGAAGAUGGCAGCAAAGUUCUCCGCUGUUAAAGCUGAUGGCGGUCUGGUGCCUCUUUUCACUCUGGAUGUGGACAGCAGAUUCAGCGCAACCGCUCAGAUUAGCAAUAAAAAACUGACCGGAGCUUUCAAAGUGAACAAUAUAACACUGACUGUCGGAUCAUCUGAGAUUGGAGAUUUCAAGACCGACACAAUAGAGCAAGUGUUAGUGAUCGCCGUCAACACAAUUAUCCUGCCACAGCUAAACGCUCGCCUGAGGUCCGGCUUUCUCUUGCCCACGCUGCAGGGAUUUAGUUUGAGUAACUCUCAACUGCUUAUCAGAAAUGGCUUUGUGGUCAUCUUUACCGACAUCAGACUCCCUGAUGGGCUGAAUGCUCUAUAACGGCUAAAAUGUCAACACAAACUACAAGUGCUCGGCAGAACUCUGUCAUUCAUUAGCCACAUGCUUUUGUGUUGUCAUGUUUUGUGUGAACAACCUGCUUAUACGUUUCCCAGUGCUGGGUUGCUGCUGGAAGGGCAUCCACUGCAUAAAACAUAUGCUGGAAUAGUUGGCGGUUCAUUCCGCUGAUGAAUAAGGGACUAAACUGAGGGAGAAUGACUGAACUGCUGUAAUUGGCUGUGUUGUUGUGUCUUGUUUUGUGAGCACACGGCUUUGUUUUGAUUCAACUCCCCCAUCUCAUCCCUUACUGUUACCUGACACAUCUCCAAAUUACCUAGGGAUAACUGACUAUAGUUCCUCUUUCCAGCGACUAGUUCUGGGUAUCAUUUGAACGUUAUCAAUUCUGAUUGCCCUUAUCAAUUUCAUCGAUUCCCAGUUUAGAUUACAAUUUUUAUAUAAAAGAAAACAAAUCGAAAGUCAAAGAUUUCUGUGCCAUUACUUGCAUCUGAUUAAACAAAAACAGCACUGAGCGGAGCGAUCACGCAUAAUGUAGUCUCGCAUAGCCAGAGCUCAGACUAAAGGUAAUUUAGGUAACUUUGGCUGCUUUGAAUGGUCGACUGUGUUAUUUGGCUAACCAAUCAUGUUUUGUUUUGUGUCGUGCCAUGUUUGAAAGGAACUGUCUUCAGUCCAUCACACACCGGCACAUCAUAUAUUCAUGAACGCCUUUAAUAGUUUACAGCAUUGCUGCAUCAAUAUCCUUAAUGAUCCCUCAGCGAAACACCUAGGAAAUCAGUAGGACGUGCGUGUAGAGUCUUUCAUUAUUUAGGUGACACUAAAAUUCACACAGACUGAGAGGACGGAAAGUAUCUGUUCUAGAAAAGCAAGGUUUAGUUCUACAUGUGAAAAUGCACAAAUUAAAAAACUGCCUUUCUCUUACCUUCAUGACAGAAUAGCUGAAGGUUUUAGAAAUGACCUGUUUGUCGACAUCUUGAGCUUGUAUCCAGUGUUUAAAGUCUGCAUGAACCGGAAGCUGUGACUGCUUUUUCCCCCCUGUAUUGUGCUGCAGUUCCUAGAGAAAUGGAAUAUUAAAUGAGAAAACAGUG